AUGCGGCGGCGUUAUUCCCAUGACCCGCCGGGCAGCUUCCGGGAAACCAAAGUCUUUGGGUUCCGGGGGGAAUGUCCGGGGCUGCACGCGCGCUACACUGACUGGCUCAGCGUGUGCCUACCCUACGCCGGCAGGCGCGGGAUCAUUAACGCGCGGAGGUCGCGUGCCGAGAGCGGCGCCGCCCGGCUCGCGAGCCUCGCCUUCCGCCGCCGCCACCCCCGUGCGGCGCGGGAUGGGGAAGGGCAGGGGGGAAGGGAGACGCGUCCGGGGGAGGGGGGGCGCCCCGCCGCCGCGCCUCGCGCCCGGCGGCGGCGGCGUCGCCGCCUCCGGCGUGUGUCCCUCUCCCCGCCCGGCCCUCCCCGCCACGUCCCUGGAGGUGGGCCCGAGGGUUCGGGGGGGGGGGGCUGCCCCGUGCGCCUCCCCCCCACCCCACCGCCCGUGGCGCCGGCCACGACCGCCUCUCCCCGGCCCGCGGACCCCGCGCGGCGCGGGUCCUCCGGUCGCGUCUCGCGGGCUGUGCGGCGCGACGGGCGGCGGCUUCCCCGUCGCGGGGCCGCUCGCCCCGCCCCGUCGCCUCCCGCGCCGCCGGCCCUGGGCCGGUCUGCCUCGGCCGGUCGUCGUCGGUCGUCCCGCCGCUCUGGGCCCGUCGCGCGGUCGCCGGGCGCCUCCCCGCGCCCCUCCGGGCCUCGGGGCCCUGUCCCGCCCCCGCCCCCACCCCCCACGCCUCCCGGCGGCUCGUGUGUCUCCGUCCGGGUUCUCCCGCCCUCUCGACGCCCCCCCCGCCCGCUGGGCGCCAAGCUUCCCGUCGGAGCCCCUGCCCCCUGCCCUCUGCCCUCGGUGGUGGUGGUUGGGGGGAAGGGUGCCCGGGAGCGCGGGCGCGGGCAGGGGGCCCCCCCACCCCCGGUGGUUGGGGGAGAGAGGCCGGGGGAGGUCCGGCGGAGCCGGGCCCGUACGGGACGGCGUGUGAGGGCGCGGCGGUGGGGAAAGGGCUCUGCCCCGUCCCGGGGGGACGGGUGGGGCCGGCUGUCCGGCGCCCGGCGGGGCCCUCCGGGCGGCGGUCGACCGGCGCGCGGCGGGGGCCCCCAGUGUGUCACGGGCCGGCAGCGCCGAGGGGCCGGGGUGGCGCGCGGCGUGGCGCGCCGCGGUCACGGCCGCCGCGGCCGUCGGGAGGGGGCUACCCGGCGGUCGUCGCGUGGGCCGUGGCCGUGUGCGGCGCGUGCGCGCGCCCCUCCCGCGUCCCCGGGGGAGGGCGGGAACCCCCCGGGCGCCUGUGGGGUGCCCGCACCCACCCUGGCGCGUGGGCGCCGGGUGCCCCGUCGUGUGAAACCUCUCCCGGCCCCUCCGGUGUGCUGCUUUCCGUCUGACUCGGCCGGCCGGAGGCAACCCCCGCCGACGAGCUCCCGCCUCCGGGGAGGGAGCCGGCGGCGGCGGGACGUGUGCCGUGCCAGCGGCGGGUCUCCCGCCGAAGCGAAACGCUCGACGCAGCUCGUACGACUCUUAGCGGUGGAUCACUCGGCUCUGCAGACACGGCGUCCCCCCGAAGGCUCUGUGGCCGCGGGGGAGAUUGCCGCCCGCGAGAAGGGAGAAGGGGACCGCGAGCUCGCGCCGAGGCCCCUGGCCCGCCGGGCCUUCUGGGGUCGGUCUCCCCCCCCCCGGGAGCGCCUCCUCGCGCCGCAAGCGGCCUCUGGGUGUUGCCGCCGUCGGGGGGGGGUCGGGGGUCGGGGACGGUCUCGCGCCACGGGGUGGCGGGGGCCCCGCGGUGGUGGCGGGGGUGGGGGUCGCGUCUUCCGGUCCGCCCGGCCGGCGCCCCCCCUCUCCCCCACGCCCGCGGUGCCUCCCCCGGCCGCCGUGCGUCCGCGGCCCGUGCCCGCUUCCCGGCCACGCCCCCCGCGGCUCUCGCCCCGUCGGGGCGGGCGGUUCGCGCCCGAGGCCGGGUCCGCGUGCGCGUCCGCGCCCCGGGGACGCGUGCCUCGGCGGCGACCCGCGGGACGCCGCGGCGUCUGCCCGCCGCUGCGCGCUCUCCCCCCGGGCUGCGGCCGUGCCGCGGUUCGCGCCCCGGAGCUCCCGCCGCGGGGGCGGGGGCGGGGGCCGGGGGAGAUAGGGGGCGCGCGGUGCGUCCGUCGCCCGUUCGGGCUUCGUCCGCCCGGAGGAUUCAACCCGGCGGCGGGCCCGGCCGUGCCGGCGGCCCGGCGGAUCUUUCCCGCUCCCCGUGCCUCCCGACCCCUCCACCCGCCCUCCCUCCGCCCCUCGCCGCUCUCCCCGUCCGCCUCCGGGCGGGCGGCGGGCGGCGGCGGGGGGGUCGCGGGGUGGGCGGGCGGGGCCGGGGGUGGGGCCGGCGGGGGACCGCCCCCCGGCCGGCGACCGGGCGCCGCCGGGCGCAUUUCCACCGCGGCGGUGCGCCGCGACCGGCUCCGGGACGGCUGGGAAGGCCCGGCGGGGAAGGUGGCUCGGGGGGGCCCCGCCGCCGUCUCGCGGCGGCGGCGGGCCCGCCCUCCCCGGGUGUUACAGCCCCGCCGGCAGCAGCGCUCGCCGAAUCCCGGGGCCGAGGGAGCCAGCCCUCGUCGCCGCGCUCUCCCCCCUCCCGGCGCUCCCCCCCCCGCGGGGGUCCCGCUCCCGCGAGGGGGCGUCCCCCGCGGGGGGGCGCGCCGGGGUCUCUUCCCGGGGGGCCGGGCCGCCCCUCCCACGGCGCGACCGCUCUCCCACCCCGGAACGCCGAGCGAGCGCACGGGGUCCGCGGCGAUGUCGGCCACCCACCCGACCCGUCUUGAAACACGGACCAAGGAGUCUAACACGUGCGCGAGUCAGGGGCUCGCACGAAAGCCGCCGUGGCGCAAUGAAGGUGAAGGCCGCCCUCAGCCGGCGGCCGAGGUGGGAUCCCGAGGCCUCUCCCAGUCCGCCGAGGGCGCACCACCGGCCCGUCUCGCCCGCCGCGCCGGGGAGGUGGAGCACGAGCGCACGUGUUAG